AUGAAAAUUAAGAAUAAAACGAUUAAAAGGUGUACAAGAAAUAAAAGUUAUAAGAAUUCUAAAAUUAUUGAAGUUCAGAGUGAACCAAACAGUAUAUCUUCUAAUUUACAUCGUUAUACAAAUCAAUCUCAAAUUGUACAUACGAGUUGUUUGGAUGAUUCUAAAAGGUGUAAUGAAAAAAUUGAAAAGUUUUCCAUUAAAUCUCUACAACUUCCGGUUGAACAAAGCCUAAAUAAAUCCUUAACUUUGGAAGAAAAAGUUGUAAAAGCUCUGCCUUCUUUAGAGUUGAAUGAAAACUUAUGUACGAAAACUGACGAUAAAGCAACUGAAGUUCUUCACACUAACAGUAUUACCGGAAAAAAUCAGCAAGUUUCAUAUGCCGUAUUAGAGUGUAAAAGGGCGCUUAGAAACAACGUUACCAAGUUAAAUACAGAAAAAGCUGAUUCUUUGAUAAGUAAUAACUUCAAUUUAUCCGAAGGAGAAAGUUGCAACGAAAUUUUUGAAAAUGGAAAAAAUUCGGAGAAUAAGGUUGAAAAUUUUCAUCACAAUCUUAGAAGUAAAGCAUUGCGCAGUGAAACUCAUUCUAAUAAUUUUACAAAAAGUGUUCCUAUAAGUGCAGAAAAUUUUGUUAAAAUCGAAGAAAAAUCUGGUGAAAAAUUUACUAAAGAUUUAAGCAAGAGUGAUGAAAAUCUUAAUAAAAACCAAAUUGUCACUAUUAAGAGGAAAAGAAGAAACCUAUCUGAAAAUGAAGGAGAAAGUAAAACCAAUAAUGUUCCUGAAAAAUCAGAUUCAAGUAUUAGAGUAGGUUUCCAAGAAAAAGUAGAAAUGAUUAAUAGGGUGCGAAGGAAAUCAACGUCGGACAAAAAUGAAAAACAAUCUAUUAUUGCAACAAGAAGUAGUUCUGUUGAAAAUUGUAAUCAGGAAGAACCUUCCAAACUAAAAAUCGUCAAAGAUAAAUUAGGAAGUUUCAAUGGACACAGGAUUAAAAAAGUUUCAUUUCAGUCCCCUGAAAAAUCUGAUAUUUCCUUAUCUACAAAAUUAAGAAUACCCAAAGAAUCAGAUAAACCAUCAGGUAAAGACAAAACUCCAAUUAUAACAGAAUUGAACAUAAACCAGGAUGCUAAUGAUUCGGUGAAAGGUGACUGCAAUGAAACAUCUACAAAGGAGAUUAAUGACGUGCUUCCGGAUAAACCCCAAAAGACUGUUAAAAAAAUUCAGACUGAGAUCAAAAUGUUCAAGAGAACAACUUCACAGAUUUUUCCGAUUUUUGUUGAAGAUAAAGUAUCCAUGAAAUCGACAGCAGCCAUUGAAACUCCUAAUGAAUUAUCAUCUGUUACUAAACACAGAACAAGAAGCAAAUCUGAAGGUGAAGAACAAGUUGCCAAAGGAUCAGUAGAUCCAAUCGAUAAGUGUCCCAAAACUCAAAACGAGAAAAGAAAAUUGCUCCCUGAGCGGCCCAACGGUAUCUUCGCGAAAAAGAAGCUGGAUGUUGCUCAGGCACCACUUAUCAAAAUUAACGAGAAGCAGCAUGAAGUAUCUACAGAAGUUAAGGAGUGUUCCAAGAGUCAGGCUGAAAAUAACAAAAAAGUAACAAGAAAAUCAUCUUCAGACAAGCAUGAAAGGCUCUCUAUAAGUACAGAAUGUUUGCAGAAUGGCACUGAAGAGAAGGAAGACAAGUCCAUGUCAGAGCCUAAAACAAACGAACAAAAUACCAAAGCGCCGACUGAGAAAAAGACUUAUACCAAAAGAUGGCGAAACGAGGGUGAAGGUCAUUCGUAUCAAACUCGUCAUUCGGUUGAUAAGAAAAACGAGGUACUUGCUGAAGAAUCGCAUCAAUUAUUGAAAGAUUGUGUGAAACUUCAGAAUCACGCUCUCAAAAGAUUUACAAAAAAGUCGUCCGAUAAAAACGAAAAAAUCAUUGAAAACAUAAAUCCAAGUUUGGAAUCUAACGAAGUUGAUGCUAUGAUUUCUGAAAGAUUGGAUAACAAAGAAAAUUCUGAAAGUCUGCUGGAUAACACAAGGAUGACCAGAAACGUGCCUUUGAGAAGAGACAAGGUAUCUAAAAACUUGAUUGAUACCAGUGUACAUUGCGUUCCGACUUUGCUUGAAGAAAAUAACACAGACAGCAUAAAACAACUGUGGAAUACUUCUGUGGAUGAUUCCGAAGAGACGCAAGUUGAUGAUUCAAUCGAAGACACUUUAUCAACUUCCCUAGGUUCGAUCGAAGAAUUUUCGCCAGAAAAAAUCGUCCCUUUCCCAGAAAGCGAGACUCACAUUAAUUGUUCAAUUGUUCGGCGAUUGGAUUACGAUGAUGAAAAAUCAAAGGAAAUGACAACACUAGAUACCUUAGAAAACGAUGGACAAAGAUUAGGUAUGAGACCUCUUGAAAACGUAUCAGAAAGAAAAAUUACCGAGAAAAAGAAUUCGAAAGAUAAAAAUGUUGAAAUUAACUCUGAUCGGCGUUCAACGAGAAUAGCUCAAUCUGUUUUUCAGGAAAAAAGAAAUAAACCAGAACCUAUACCUAAUUCUAAGCCAGUUGAUAACGGGACCAAAGCAGUUUUAGAUACAGUCGUCGAUAAUCUUGAAAACCUCGAGAACGAAAUUAAAGCCUAUGUUAUCAUAAAACCAGGUGUGGAAGACGUAACCGAACCCAUAGUUAUCGAUAAUACUACAGCUUUUCAGCCGUUAAUGCCGCAAAUUCCUGAAUUCUCCCCUGAACCUAAAAGAGAAUCUCUUAAAUCCUUUUUACGAAGUAAGCGCAUCGCUCGUCACUCUCUGAAGAACAAUGAAAAGACAGCAGAAUCUCAGGAAAAUGCCCGUGCGAAAGUAACCACAGUUGAUUCGACGAUCAAACAAAAUCACGAUGGCUCCGUAGUAGCCAACGAAAGCGUAAUAAAUAAUAUUUCCAAAGAGUCAGUCGCAAAUACCCAAUCACUAACUGAUACUAAUAUUGUUAAUGAUAUUGUUUCCGUCAAAACUUUCGUGAGCGAUGCAUGUCUCGUCGAAAGUUUAGCUAAAGAUACCAUUAAUAAUCUCGAACUAUCUUCUUCCAAAAGGACACCCCGCACGCGAACCUCGUCCAGAGCCCAAGAACCCGAGGACAUCCCAAGCGUUGCCGUCCCGGUAAGUUUAAACGUCGAGCCCAAGCUGGCAAUCGUUUCCAACAACAACCUGGCCGAUGAAGCCGAACCGAACAAGCACAGGCGAAAGAUGCUUCAGGUGCUCAAACGGAAGUGCACCAAGAAUAUUCAAAACAAAAAACGGUCCGAGAGUAUGCACAUUGCCACUGACGAGGCCAAUAUCACUUCUCUGGAAGAGGCCAACGACGACAAUGACGAUGAGGACAGUCUCGUGGAGAGCGAUGAGAAUCUGGCAGCUCGGCUGGCGCGGCUCAACGGCCUCGAGAUCCCACCCAUGGACAAUCUGGAUUCGGGUGUGCAAAGUCCUAGCGAUGACCAGCAGCAGCGCGUCGUCGACAAGAUCGUGCUGCGCUGCCCAUCAGGCUCCUCGUUCAUUGGUCUCAGUGCCGAGCUCCAGUGCAAGUAUUGUGACGAGACCUUUAUAACUCAUCGCGAUUUGAAAAAGCACACGCGAGUACAACAUCGUCAGCGUCUCAUUAUUAAGAUUACAAAGACAAUGUCGAACGAACGUGUGACACACAUGGUAGAGCCAAUGGCCAGUCCUGCCCAGAAAGAUUCGACCAACGACGAGGAUGAUGACGAUGACGAGGAUGACGAUGAUGACGAUGAAGAUGACGAUGAGGACGACGACGAUGAUGAUGAGGACGUUGGCGACGAUUCUCCCAUUCACUUUAACGGAGAGAGCCACGAAAGACAACACAGAGACAUGAACGGUCACAUCACCGAUGGCGAAAUCAAAAUCAUUGUCAAGAAGCAGGGUGACUCGAGGAACUCGCACGUCGUCAAGGAAAUCAAGAUAACUCCGCGCACGCCCUCCGACAGUGGCAACAGUAGCUGCAGGCUGCCAAGCUGCUCGCCAGCCAAGUCAGAUCUCAGCGGUGGAAGUGGUAGCUGCCGGUAUCCAGCUUACUCACCGGCCAAGUCUGACUUUGGUCAGGUUGCGGUUGUGCCACCAAAGAGACGAGGCAGGCCACGAAAGUACCCCAUAUUCACCGAAUCCGAGCUUAUUGCUAAGCAACUCGCGGCUGCGGCAUCCUCUCCUGUUCCAACUAAAAUCGUCGAAAUCAAUCAGAGCUUCCGUGAGGAGGGUGACAAACUCGAAUCCGUCUCGGGACAUGACAACCAAGACAAGACUGAUGUCCCAUUGGUCCAGUCAACGACGAACGAAGCAAAAAUCAGAAUAAAGCGAAAGCGGACGUUGUCGCAAAGUAGUCAAAGUAGUGUUAUACAGCAGGAGGAUAGCGAUGCGACUGCGAAAAUUUCCGAUGAACAGGUUGUGCAGGACGUAAAAAGGCCAAGGGUGUGUGAGGAGACCAUCGACGAGACAACGUCCACGUCCAUGUCGUCGAGUCUCUGUGAGCCGGAAGUCUUGGUCAAGUAUGAUAUAACAAAAGAGCUAGUCGUUAAAUUGACAAAAAUAGACACAGUUCCUACAGUUAGCACAGACUCCGAUGCCAAUGCCAGUGAAUCCGAGCGCGCUGAUACCGAGGAUACGUCAUUGUACAAGGCCACCAGUCUAAUCACGAGGCCAAAGAAGGUUGGACCAAGAUCGAAGACCAUCUUUGAUCAGCUGGAGGGUCUUAGUCAACGAUUAGAUCUGUCCAAAGCGUUCUUGGCAAGAAACAAGCUCGAGGAAAGCAAUAGCGUCGACUGGAGUAUCGCAGUGGAGAAGUGCCUGGCAAGUGGUAGUCCGUCGAGAGCGCAAAACAUUGCGUCUUCAACAAUAGGUGAGAGAUUAAACGCUGAAUCUACUGUUGUUGACAACGCUGGAGCUGAUGAUUCGAGUCAGCAAACACCAGCAGUUUCAGAAGAAACGGCUAACAAGAUAUUAAAAAGCAUUGCCGAGGUUUGCGGCGAUACCGAUGAUUCGCUGCUGGACGAUAAUUUUGAACCUGUUUCAGAAUCCGAAACGAUCAUAACACCGAGAACUGUGAACAAGGUUAUCGAGAGGGUGGUGUUGCCUCAAUCUUUAAUGAGAAGCAACACCAUCGUCACUUCAGCCAAGCCGAUCCUCAAGUCCCAAGCUAUCGCAACGGGUGUCCAGCAUCCGGUACAAUCGCUUCAGUCUCCACCGCCUCUGCAGCCCAUUCAUUUCCAGCAAAAUGGUCAGCCACAGCAGCAAGUGCAGUUGCUCGCUCCGCAACAGCAGUUCUGUAUCCUAUUUAUCCCCGAUGCUCUUUACAACACGGAUCCAACAAUGUCGAAAGAUGUCGCGCCUACUGCAACGAUCGUCAACUUUCAGCCUGUCCCGGACUCUGAGAUAGCUAACAAGCCGCUCAUCUACAUGCCUACCACGCCGACAAAGAUCUCAAGUCAUCAUGCUACCCCGUCCACUCCUAGCAGUAGCAUUGGCAAUGAGGAGCUUUCACGUUCGUUUACUUGCUCUACGUGCUCUCAGGUGCAGGACAUGAUCGGACGCCUAGAGGCGAGUCACGGCAUGACCGAAGAAGACAAAAGUGCCAUCAAAUGUCCCUACUGCUCCAACGACUUUCAGUCUCUGUUUUACCUCGAGUAUCAUCUUAAACAGGAGCAUCUCAAGUGUGAGAACGAGAAGCAGUGCAGACACGGGAGCAGUCUGCGCAUACCUCUGCACGAGAUCACCAACGAGUCCGAGGUCUAUAUCACAUUUGCUCUAAAAUGCCGCAGCUGCUAUGACAUCUUCAAGGGUGUGAAGCCGCUCAAUGAUCACGUCGCGCUCAAGCACAAGACACUCGUGCGUUUCAUUAAGCCUUCAGUCAAUACCCCCGCAGCCACGGCCACGGUGUCCUCGAGUGCUGCGGUGGCAACGGCUGCUUACCCGGCGCUCGCGCGCAGAAACAGUGGCAAACCGGUGCUGCUUCAGUCAGCUUGUCCUAGUGACUGCGUUUGUCGGAUCGGCAUCCGUAGUACAGCUAGUCCGUCGCAACGCGAGGAGAUGAUCAGACGAUGCCCGAGCGCCAUGCGUCGCCUCGAAAAGAUCGAGCCAGCUGCCUACGAAGUCUACAUUUGUACUCUGUGUAACAGCACUUUCAUGAUGAAGGACGAAGUUGUCGAUCACUUGAUGAAGAUGCACGAGGUCUCGUGCAAGUUCCCCUGCUACACUUGCCUCACGAGCUUCCGCACCCUCCAACUGCGGGAAAACCACCAAUGCUCCGAGACGACGUUCCAGGGUCUUGACGAGCUUUUCAACAUCGCCAUCCUGCCAACAAUCGGCAAUACGACUGACGCUGCUAAGAACAUUGGCAAAAAAUACCGAGGAGAAUCGCCGUCUAAGGACGAGUAUAGUAAAACGACGAAGCAGGGAUCGCCCCAAAAUGGUAUGAGGCGCAAAAAUAGUGCAUUCGAGGCGAUUUACGCGCUUUUGAAAAGUAACGAGGUCAAAAAGUCAAAGCUCCAUCCCAAUCAGAAACUACUUAAAAAGACUUCCUCGCGCAAGAAGCCCUGCAUCAAAUGCGAUAAGCGUUUUUGUUAUCGCAAACAUCUGCUGAAACAUGUUAUAAAUGCGCACAUACUUCCGGUAGAGAGCAACGAGGAAAUAAUGGAAAAGACUGCAGAACUAAUCGAAGCGUGGAAACACUCGAAGGAAAGUCCAUUUAACGAUCCAGAUUUUGCAGAAGUGCUGAGUCAUCACGAACCCAUCACUGGUCAAUCGCUAAAGAGACGUGGAAGACCACCUAAGGUCAAAAACGUUGAAAUCAUCAAGCCAGAAUCGUCGAUCGUAACAAGAAGCACCUCUCCAGUAGCGGUCAGUUUAGAAGUGCAAUCAGCUGAGAUUAGAAAGGCAUUGCCCGAACGUUGUGGAAGGUGUAAUAACAUCAUUAACCAGCUAAAUCGCUUAGUGUCUUCAGAUUCUGACGAGUCUGAAAGUGUUAAAUUCUGCGAGACUUGCAAAAAUGGUGGUCCGUCAACGCGUCGACGAUCUUUGGAUCUCAUGGAACAGGUCAAGACAAAGAAAAUCCGAGGCCGUUCAUCAUUAAAUCAUCUACAUCCUCGCUGUACUACCCCCAAAACUACCACAGCUGACACCACAGACUCGAAACCGUUUAACUGUAGAAAGUGCUCUGAGAGCUUUGUUUCGCAGUCUGAAUUGAAGGAACACAAAAACAACGUGCAUUCAAAAGACGAAGAGGUGUAUACGUGCCAAAUCUGUGACAAAAACUUCGGCACGGAAAGUCAGCUUGAAAACCACGCAGUAUUUCAUAAUUUGUUUACCCAAGUUAACGAAAGACAGGAGAUCGUUGGUGAAGAGUCUAGCGUCGUUAUGCGAGUUGGUGAUAUCACCAACGACGUCGAAGCUAGUGGUUCGUUUACAAAUACAACCAAUACGUCCAGCCGACGCGACUCAUCCGACAGCUGCAGCGGUGAGUCCAAGGAGCCAGAACUACAGUUUUUGAGCUGCACGUUUUGUGAGGAGGUCUACACGUCCAACGUCAGCUUGAAGAACCAUCUGAAGCGUGAGCACGGCCGACGCGCUUCCAUCUGCCAGUUUUGUAACGGGUUGUUAAUAGACACAAGCGAAGUACGGCAUAUGCUUGACUAUCAUAUAGUACCGAGUAAAGGAAAUCGAAAGACCGAAGACAUGGGUGAUACGCCGCAUUGCGCUGAGCCGAGCAACAUGCAGGAGGACGUGGAAGAGCUUGUACAAGUACUCGGCCGGCAGAGGUUACAAUCGCUCAUGAUGUACCACGACUUUGAAGGAAAAUGUAACAACGCGAUAAUGCGCUGUCCCAUUUGUCCGGAGCUCUUUGCUACGCGCGAGGCCUGUCGCCAUCACUACGUGUGGAACCAUGACGUAAACUGUCUACUAUGCGACGAGAACUUCCGAACUGGGGAACUAGCCAGCGGUCACAAAGUCAGCGCCCACACCUCCAUGGCAAGUUACUUUUGGUGCAUCCAGCGACUCGUCACUGCCAUUGUCAACACUCUCAGGCUAGAUCCUGGCCAGCCGUCGCACGUGCUCUACCAGAUGCUCGUACUCAAGCUCGAAGAGCAGGAGCGCCAGGAGGCCGAGCGCCAACAGCAGCUUAACACUCCGGAAAAUGUAGGCGAGCAAAAUAGUAUUGGAUGCCAGGAGGAUGCCACUGCGGGCACUGCAGAGCGGUGCUUCCUUGAGGAGGUUGUACUCAGCGAGGACCAACUACCUGAUGCCGGCAACAUGAUCGAGGUUGUGAUAGGCAGGGAGGACUCGGAGGACGACUUGCUCUCGAUGCUCAACCUUUCGCCAAAUUACGAGAACAGUUGCGAACAGCGCAAUAUACCCAAGUAUUCGGGAGAAGUGAUGCCCGAAGAUGAGGAAGAGGCCACGGAAAGGCCACCGGAGGCGUUGUUAUCAGAACAAGCCACGUCGAGGUCGACGACUCCAGCGUCGCUGCCGCCACAAACCGCAAAUAACUCGACACCGUCAACCCCAACGAGGAGCACAGUAGCCACGGUGCCGUCGAGUCCUACGGUUGAGAGCGAAGCGUCGUACGUGUCCUCGGGCGUUUGUAAAUAUAAAUUAGAUAACGAAAGUACAGAACAGCUCGUGCUCGUAGUCACGGAGGAAGACAUGGUUACUUACCGAAAUGAUAUUGGCACCCUCGCGGAGAAGAUCAGUGCGACCUGCGACUCGCUUACCCUCGAGGAGAUCGCCGAGAUGCUCAGGGUUUAUUUCGAGAACAUGAACGUGACAGCUGCCGUCACGUGAGCAGCCGUUGUUCAACCUCUUACUCUAUUGCUCCUCCCGGUGUGAGGACACGCGAAGCGAAAAAGACUCUUUCUAUACAUAAAUAUAUAAAUAUAUACAUAGCUGUCCCUAUUAACUCGGAUUGUAAGUUUACCUAAUUAUAUCUAAGCGAGUAUAAGAUGUGGUACAUACGUACGUGAAAAUGUAGUGAUACCCUGGACGGGAGUUACAUUGUAUAAUAAAAAAAAAAACCGCUGACUUGACGAGAGUCAAUAAAGAAAAAUAUAAUUAAGACGUUGGUCGGCGCGAUUACCGUUAAGUUAUUUUCAAGUCGUGAUGCAUAAACGAGAAACUUUUUUAUUGUAUGAAAAAAAAAAACAAAAAAAAAAAAAAACAAAUGUGUGAUGAAUUUUCGUCUAAUCAUAAAAAAAGUUGUAUUUCCCGUUUAAAAGCGGCAAACCAAACGUUUUUUCUGUAUAUUAAGUAGAAUUUUAUGUCAUUAAGCAAGCGUUGAUACUGUUUCAAAUUGGUGAAACUGGAAUUCUAGAAAAUAAAAUUUUCUUAACUACCAAUAUUUUGAAACGAAAUAUUGACGAAUUCUGGUUCCAUCAAGCGCUUAUUUCGUUUCAGCAUGUACAAAUUUAACUAUGUAAUCGGCAAAUCACUUAAGUGAGGAAAGCAAAUUUCAGUUUUAUAAGAUUCCCUCUAUUGUUACUUACUUUUUAUUGAUAAAACUUGAAUAAAUUGAAUAAAUACCAGUUUGAUUAUAAAA